UUUUGCACUUCUGAGUGGUGAUGGUAUCAUAAAAAUCUCACCCUUUUCUGCAACUUUCUCUCUGACACACACCGAACACUCAAACACACACAGUGUGCAGCAGCAGCAGCAACAACAAGAGAAGAAGAUGGCUCUGCAACUAUGGGAGACAUUGAAGGAGGCCAUAGUUGCCUACACGGGGCUCUCCCCGCCCACCUUCUUCACCCUUCUGGCCCUGAUCCUAGCCCUAUACUACGUCGUUUCUGGGCUCUUCCCCUCUUCCGACCACCGCCACAACACCGCCUCGCGCGACUUGGAGCCCCAGAUGGAGCCUCUGCGACCCCCCGUUCAGAUCGGCGAGGUCACCGAGGACGACCUCAAGGCCUACGACGGCACCGAUCCCGAGAAGCCUCUCCUCAUGGCCAUCAAGGGCCAGAUCUAUGAUGUUUCCCAGAGCAGAAUGUUUUAUGGACCUGGUGGACCCUAUGCUCUAUUUGCUGGCAAGGAUGCUAGCAGAGCUUUAGCAAAAAUGUCUUUUGAAGAGAAAGAUCUAACUGGAGAUAUCUCUGGUCUUGGACCGUUUGAGCUUGAGGCCUUGCAAGACUGGGAAUACAAAUUUAUGGGCAAGUAUGUAAAAGUUGGAACCGUAACAAAGACAGUUCCAGUAACUGAACCAGAAUCCACUGCUGAACCAUCAGAAUCUACUCCCCAUGAUGAAUCUUCAAAGCCUACUGAAGAUGAUGGCCCAUCAGAAUCAGCAGCUGCUAAAAAUGAUGAAACCCCUUCAAAGGUUGAUGCAGAUAAAGAGUAAUAAUCGUUGGAUAAAGAGUAAUUGUCUUGCAAAUUCUCUUGCAAACAGUGGAAACGGUUACUUAGAAGCUUCUGAGAAAUACUGAGCCUUGCUGAAUGUAUUCAGCAAAUGUGGGACAAAGUUUGCCUAAGUAUUCUGUUUGAUAAAUAAGGAAAUCUUGGUAUUUAAUUUCAGUUUUCCUGGGUUUAUAGCUUCUUCUUGUAUUCCAUAAGAUCUAUAUUACUUAGAGGCAACAAAUCAAUGAACAUUUGAGACCAUGUACUGAGCCAAGUAUUGAAUGAAUGCAUUUGGUCUUAUAUAUGGUAUGGUACAA